AUGACACGAACGCCGGUCUAUUUCCUCUCUCAUGGGGGCCCGAACAUCAUGGAAGAAACGCAACAUCCUGCGUAUGCGAAAUUGCAAGAAAUUGGUCUCGAGAUAACUCAGAAAGUCAAGCCCAAAGCCGUAAUCGUCUUUUCUGCGCACUGGGAAGGGGGCCGCGACACCAUAGAGGUCAAUACGGCAACGGAAAUGCCUCUCAUCUAUGACUUUUAUGGAUUUCCUCCUCACUACUAUGAGUUCAAGUUCCCGAACAAAGGUUCUCCAGAACUCGCAGAAAAACUUUUGCAAAAUAUUCAGAAUGCUGGAAUCAAGGCCGAGGGUGUUAGAAGAGGGUUGGACCAUGGUGUCUGGGCUUCUUUUAUGUGCGCAUUCGACCCCGUCAAGAAUCCUCUGACGGUGCCUAUCGUCCAAGCAAGUAUUUUCGGCGCGGAUGAUGCCGACAUGCACUACAACCUUGGAAAAGCAGUGUCCUCUCUUCGUGACGAAGGUAUCCAGAUCAUUGUCUCUGGCAUGGCGGUACACAAUCUGAGAGAUAUAGCCCGUGUAUGGGGCCAGCCCGGCGCCCUGGAAUAUACGUACUCGUUCGACGCCGCGCUCAAGGAUGCCGUGGAGGAAGCUCCAGAAAACAGGCAGAAGGCCAUGGCUGAACUGCUGAAGCGGAAAGAUGCAAGAAAGGCGCACCCAAGUUUCGAACAUCUUUUGCCUAUAUACAUCGGCGCAGGUGCAGCCUAUGAGGAGAAGGGUAAGCAGCUUUGGACAUUGCCGGAAGGCUCUAUGAGUUGGGCACAAUAUCGAUUCGGAGAGGUGGGAGCAUGA